AUGGCUGCCAGAGGCUUCGUAUCCUACUGGAUCCUCCCCGUCAUCUCCAGCCUCGUCUGGUGCGGCAUGCUCCUCGGCCUGCUCCUCUACUGGGUCGUCGACACCAACACAACCCACUACUCGUGGAUGGGAAGCGACGACCAGAUCGCCUUCAUCAGCGACAUCGGCGCCAGCAAGCUAAAGCCCCUCUUCAUCGCCGGCUCCGCCGUCACCACCGUCUUCCUCGACCUCGCCUUCGCCUCGGAGCGCUGGCUGCGGCACAACGGCCGCCUCGUGCCCAACACCACCGUCAAGGAAAAGGUCCUGGCCGUCGUCAGCAUCGUCUUCGCCAUCAUCGGCACCGCCGGCCUGAUCCUCCUGUCCAUCUUUGACACGCACCACCACCACAAGGCGCACGACAUCUUCCUCCUGCUCUUCAUUGCCGGCUACCUCAUUUCCGCCGUCUUUAUCUGCUGGGAGUACUACGAUCUGGGUCUAUACAACCGCCAGCACCGCAUCCUCAAAAUCUCCUUCUACAUCAAGCUCACCUUCGUCAUCGUCGAGUUCGUCCUCGCCAUCGUCUUCGUCGCCACCAACUGGAGCGACAACGAAAACGUCGCCGCCGUCUUCGAGUGGGUCAUCGCCUUCAUCUUCACAUUCUACAUCCUCUCCUUCGUCGUCGACCUCCUGCCCGCCAUCCGCACCAAGCCCGUCACCGCGCGCUUCACAAAGCACCACGAGCACGAGAUGGAGUCGGCAAACAAUAGCCAGGACGGCGACUACAACAACGACUACACCGACAACCGGGAGAUUAACCGAUAUGACUUUCGAUGA